AUGGCCUCGAAACGCAGCUACGAAGCCUCCGAGGGCAACGAAGGCGCGCAGCAGCCCGCGUCCAAACGCAACAAGAACAACAAGGCGCGCGACCACCAAAAUGCUCAUAUCGAUCCGACGUGGGGACAGAAAUACGUCUUCUCAUCUGCCACGGGCUCGACGACGGUACCGGUGGAUCCGGAGCUGGAUUUUGAGGAUGAUGGAGAUGCCAUGGCGUAUCUCAAGUCAGUGAGGACACAAGCAAACGGUAUACCGCACCUCCUUGUGGCACCAAAGGUCCCGAUCGGCCCACAACUACCGAAAGAGCUCCAGUACGAUGACGGCGACGUGGACGAUGCCUACGAAGCGGAGGAAGGUGAUCGCAACAUCUACACCACAGGCGAGGGCGACUUUAGGGGAUACUACGCCGACGGCGCAUACACAGCACGACCCGACAACUGGGGCAAACCUCACGCGACCCACGACGACGACGAAGCAGAGGAAGGCGAGUGGCCCGGCAACGAAGGUAUCGACGACGCCGAAGACCAAUACUCAGACGCCGGCGCCGACUCCGAGUCCGCCAUCCGCGAAGCCUACUUCGCCGCCAUACUCACCCGCUUCAAACGCCUCCGCAGACUCCUCCACGCCACGCCACCCGCCUCCGCCGUCGCCGCCCUGCACCCAGGCUCCCCCCACGACUUCCGCGUCGGCGCCUUCGCGCCCAAAUCGGCAACCUACAAAACCUGGUCCAACCGCCUCCGCGACGCGGACCCUCUCCCGGCACAACUCGCCUCCAUGGACAAAGAAGGCGUGCUGCGCGUCCUCCGCGUGCUGCUGGGCGGCGGCGCGUUCCUCCGGCGCGGGAGCGAGAUGAGGGAGCGCACGAGCCGGUGGCUGUGGGCUCUGCUUGCGCGGUUACCGGAGCGUGGGGAGAUGAACCACGUCGAGGUCGGGUGGGUGAGGGAUCUGGGGAGGCGGGCGGUGCUGAUGAUGCAGAGUCUGGCAGACAUGGCUGCGUUGAGGGAUGCUUUGGAGGGGGAGGGCAUGGAUUUGGGGGUGAAUGAUGCUGUUGAUGAGAGUUCUGAUGAUGAAGAGGCGUUGGGGGAGAUGGAGGUUGAUGAGAGGGAUGGGGAGGGGAGCGGGGAGACGUCUGGGGCGGAGACGUCGGAUGGAAAGUUCGGCGUCCUGGCCGAAGGGUUGAAGCAUCAAGAGAAUGUUGCGAUACCCAAAGACCCUGUUGGCGACGGCGAAGUCGAGGACGGAGAAAUCGACGAAGACCAAAAGUCGGAGCCAAUGGACGUCUCCGAAGACGGCGAGAUAGACGAAGGCGAGGUUGUGGAAGACGAGCAGCCGCCGGCCGAAACGCUCGAGGAAGCACGCGCUCGACUCCUCGCCCAGAUAGACACUGCGGCGGCCGUCGAGGAUGCGCCAUCCGAGGCACCAUCAGAAGAACCCAUCGUGGAGGAGGCUGCCCACGACGGUGAGGGCGAUAGUGAGGCUUCGGACCAGCUGCGGGCGCGGAUGAACAUGCGGGCUACGCUUAACAUGAUUCUGACUGUUGCCGGUGAGUUUUAUGGGCAGCGCGAUUUGCUUGAGUUCAGAGAUCCUUUUACAGGUAUGUAA